AUAAUUUUUCAACAUUUUACAGAAAUGGUUGAAUAUUCAUGUUCUGUGAAAUUUCCUUUUUUUCUUCAGUUCACAGCAACUUUCAAAGCCUGUUUUGUAGUCAUGUUUGAAGUAUUCACAAAUGUGUUAAAAGGAAAAGAGAUUGUGACUCUACUUACCAGUCCGAAUUACGCUUGGAAAGUAUCUGCCCCGCUUCCUUAUUUGGUUCCUCUUUUAUGGAGAAAUAUAUUUGUAGGUUGUCUUAUUUUCAGACAGGAAAGUGCAGAACAUCAUAUAUCAUAUAUUAAGAUUUGUUUCAAGAUCAGGCAGGUUCCUUUCAUGGAGUUUGGUCUGCUCUCCCUUCCCCUUCCACUGGUGCUGAUCUGUUUGACCCUUUGGACAGCUUCUCAGAGCCAGCAGAUUAUUGCCGAUCCAGUGGUUGCUACCUACCUGCGUGGUCAUGUGACACUACACUGUAGACUCUACAGUAAAUCUACACUUAAAAUCACACAGGUUCUGUGGACAUGGGAAUCAACAGAGAAAAAAAAGGAAGUCAUUGUCGUAUAUAACCCAGCUCAUGGGACACAUUACUUUAAUUCAACUUUCUCAGGCAGAGUUGUCUAUACCAAUCAGUCCCUGGGUCAUGUGUCCAUCAACAUAACAGGAGUGAAGUUGACAGACAAGGGAAAGUUCACCUGUCAGUAUACCACCUUCCCUAGUGGAAUCAUGAAAGCCACCACCACUCUCAUUGUAAAGGGUCAGUCUGCACGUGCAAGAGUCACUGGAAUUUUAGUCUGUGUUUUGGUGCUCAUCAGCUGCCUUCCUAUAGCAGUCAUCAUCAUGAUGAAGAACAGUUUCUGCAGGAGGAUCCUGCAGGCUGCAAACCCCAGACCAGCCUCACCCAGCGUUGUGUAUGAAAAUGCUCGUGAUUUACCAGGUUCAGAGCUCAGCAUGGACUGUACUUACACCACAACAGCUGCUCAGCCGACUCCCUGUAGUUCAGACAACGUGUACGCUGGCCUACAGUUCAGUGACAGCUCCCUAUACAGCACCUUGGAAAAGUCUGGAAACAUUGACAUUUAG